AUGCCAAGCUCUGUUGACCCCAAACAAGGUCCCUACGACAUUGCCAUCGUCGGCUCAGGAUUAGGAGGUCUGUCCGCCGCCAUUGCUCUCCGACGAGCCGGUCACAACGUCACAAUCUAUGAGAGAUACGACUUUGGCGGCGAAGUCGGCGCAUCGCUCUCCUGCGCAUCAAACGGGUCGCGAUUCCUCCAAGAAUGGGAGGUAGAUGUCUCCAAGGCUAGGCCCGUCAUCCUCAAAGACCUAAUUCGACAUGACUGGAAGACCGGCGAGAUAUUCGGCACAUACCCCCUCGGUGAUUACCGCGAGCGUUUUGGAACAGACUAUAACAACUUCCACCGAAUUGAUCUUCACCAACACUUAAAGCACGUGGCCACCACUGAAGACGGCAAGGGAAUCCCCGCACAACUCAAAGUCUGGCACAAGGCCGUGGAUCUUGAUCCCAUCACGGGCAAGAUCACGUUUGAGAACGGCACUGUGGCCACACACGACGUUAUUGUGUGCGCAGAUGGCAUUCGCAGUCAAAUGCGAGAAAAGCUCGGCGUCGUCCCGCACUUUAUGCCAUCCGAUUCUUGCUGCUACCGUUGCAUCAUUCACAUCGACAAGCUGCGGGAGCUGGGCAUCCAGGAGUUUGCUGAAAACAGCGCCAUUGAGUUUUGGGGAGGCGACGGGAUUGACAAGAUCGUCAUGAGUGCUUGCUCGGAUCACGAUGUUGUCAGCUGCUACUGCUUCUAUCCCGCAGAGAAGAAUGACUUGAAAGAAGACGGGUGGAACAUCUCGACGACUGGAGAGAACCUGGCUGCAACGUUUCCCGAACUGGAUGAGCGGCUGCUGACGCUGUUCCGGAAUGCUGACGACAUCAAGAUGUGGCGGUUGUACAAUCAUGAUCCCUAUCCAUACUGGGUUAAGGGGAAGUGUUGUCUCUUGGGCGACGCGGCUCAUCCCAUGAUGCCAGAUCAGUCUCAAGGUGCCUGCAUGGCCAUGGAAGAUGCUGGAGCACUGGGAAUCGUCUUCUCCCCCAUGUAUGCCGACCUGGACGUAGCGGAGAAGCUCCGCCUAUAUGAGCUGGAGCGCAAGCCUCGCGCGACUCGAGUCCAGGAGAGCAGCAAACGAGCCAGAACAGAUCUCACAGAGCGCAUUGGCUGGAGUAGUGCGAAGGACAGACCCGGCAAGUUGACCAUCGAAGAAGUGUGCGGCUAUGAUAUGCACGCCCAUGUAGCCGAGCUGGUUAAGCAGGGCCAAGCGGCCUGCUAA